CGAAGUGCCUUUGUUUUCACAGGAUGGAGGUGGGAAGUACAAAGGGAAGCACCAGGUGCUGACCUCCACGGCUACUGUAACAAUCAAUGUCCUUGAUGCCCAAGACAUGCCCCCAUUCUUUGUGGGAACCCCAUACUUUGGGUACAUCUACGAAGUCUCGGUUCCUGGGUCUGAAAUAUACACAGUGUCUGCUAAAGACGGGGAUCAAGGCAAUCCCAACCCUAUCCAUUAUUCCAUUGUGAAUGGGAGUGAUGGUGUUUUUGAGAUAAACAGCACCAGUGGAUGCAUUUCUCUAACAACUCCUCCAUCUCUGCUGAAAAAUGAACUCUAUGAAAUAAAAGUGAAGGCAUCUGAGGUCGGAUCCAACAACCAGCUGUUGGACUACGACGUCACCACAGUGACUGUGCGGGUGGUGGAUCUUAAUAACCAUCCUCCUACGUUUUAUGGAGAAAAUGGACCCCAGAGCAAGUUUGAGGUCACCAUGUAUGAGCAUCCUCCUGCUGGAGAGAUCCUCAGAGGCUUCAAGAUCACAGUGAACGACUCUGACCAGGGGGCAAACGCUAAGUUUAAACUGAGACUGGUGGGACCCAGUAGAGUUCUACGAGUUGUUCCCCAGACGGUCCUGAAUGAAGCGCAGGUGACCAUCAUUGUGGAGGACGCAUCUGGUAUAGACUUUGAAAAGGGACCAACCCUAUCUUUUAAGCUGCUGGCGGUAGAGAUUGACACUCCUGAGCGUUUCAGUGCGACAGCUGACAUAGUGAUCAACCUGCUGGACUCAAAUGACAACGUCCCCGUUUUCACGUCCGAGUACUACAUCGCCAGAGUGCCUGAGAACUCCCCCGGCAGCUCCAGUGUCCUGUCUGUCACAGCGAAUGAUCCAGACUCUGGUUCCUGGGGUGAAGUCAAAUACACGAUUUAUGGAUCAGGAUCAGAUUUAUUUGCCAUCCACCCAUCAACAGGCCUUAUCAUCACACAACCCUGGACCAGUCUGGACGCAGAGAUGAGGUCAAAAUACAACUUCUACGUCAAGGCGGAAGAUUCAGAAGGCAAGUACAGCAUCGCUGAAGUCUUUGUCAGCGUCCUUGACAUGAACGACCAUCCUCCCGAGUUUGAUGAGGAAUUUCAAGAGAAGACCAUGAUCAUUGGGACGCCUGUCAAAGUUCAGGCCGUGGACGAGGACGCAGAGUCUCCUAACAACGUCAUCGAGUACUCCAUCAUGACAGCCGAUCCCGACAACGCGUUUGACAUCAAUGCAAACACAGGGGAGAUCCAGCUGAAGCCUUUCAUCAAGACUAUGGAGAUUGUGCACAAUAUCACCAAACAAAAGGAUUGCAAGUGGUCUCUGGUGGUCCAGGCCAGGGACCGGGGAUCCCCAUCCUUUAGCACCACAGCUGUGGUCAACAUCGAUAUCACAGAGGCGACUCCUCUCAAGGGGCCUAUGGCAGCAUUUUUAAUGAAAAGUAGGGACAAUCCUCUGAGAGCUUUAGGCAUUGUCACUUUUAUCAUUCUCGUACUGGUAGGAGUGACUGUGAUGAUCUCCACGGUCAUGUACAUGCGCAACUCAAAGUCAAACAGAAUCAUGCCAGUCCGACGCAUCAUUAAGAAGCGACCCAGGGACCAGCAGACGUGGAAAUUCAAGAUUCCUGUCAUCAAGCUGUCCAGCCCAGCAGAGAAGUUUCUGAUCAGUGACCCAGAAAGCAACCCACCGCAGGAAAUCAGCAGCCCCAGGCUGAAGCCUCCACCUCCUAUUGCUCCUUGUCUGCCCCCUCCGCCUCCCUCUAGCUCUCGGGCUAUUGAGCGGCCCCGGGCGGUCCCAACCAUAUCUGGUGCACUGGCCUACAAAGGUUCAAAGAAGGCAAAGCCUGGCCGCCGCAAAGAGGGAAACAUCAGUUCUGCGUUGGUGUCUGAGCUUAAAAUGAAGCUGGAGCAGAAGAUUAAUGAGAAUAACCAAGGGUAUUAUUAAACAGAACUGCAAAUACAUCUGGUUUAAGGGUCGCUCAGUCCAUUUGUCAAUGGCUCUGUGCUCUUAUCUUACAUGCAGCCGUCAUGAUGAUUGGUAGAAGGAUCUAACUUUGGAUUUUUUUUUCUUGUCAUAUGUUUAAGUCUUAACAGACAUCAAA